AUGUUAUUUGAUUCAUAUAAAAUGAAAUACAUUUUCUCAUUACUGACAUGUAUCGAUGUGGCUUAUGGGUUUUUCGAUAUUGAUGAUAUUACGUCGACAACUAUGAGGAGACUCCCUCGGGGUUUUUCCUUGGCCGUGAAGGACAUAGCGGAAGGUUUGCCAGCGAAGACUGUCACCAUAGUUAGAGGGGAGUCUACCAACAUCAGAUCCCAAGAUAUAUUCGAGCUGCUUUGUUUAUUAAAUGACCAUAAUAUUCAAGUUAUCAAUUUAAAUAUUACAUCAAAAGAAUAUAAACACAAGUACUACGAGUUCCUAAAAAAAGCACUGGAUAUAUCAGAAGAACGUACAAGUUUAAUACUGUGUGAACAUAAUGAAUGCGAAAACAUACUUAUUGAGUUAACAGAGAAUAAUCUGAUACACCGCACAAUCCUGUACAUCUUCUACUGGCCGAGUGGAUCCAUCAGUGACAGGUUCCUGUACACCAUCAGGGAAGCGAUGAGGGUUGCUGUCAUCACCAACCCCAGAGACGGUGUUUUUCGAGUGUACUACAACCAAGCCACACCUGACCGUCUUCACCAUUUCACCUUGGUAAACUGGUGGUCUGGUAGUUUAUAUAAAUCGCCUGUUUUGCCACCGGCUGAUAAAGUGUAUCAAAACUUCAAAGGAAGGGUAUUCCGCGUUCCCGUACUGCAUGCACCACCUUGGCACUUUGUUAAAUACAACAACGAUUCUACAGUCAACGUGACAGGAGGGCGAGAUGACAAAUUGCUGGCUCUGCUCUCUAAAAAACUAAAUUUCAGAUAUAAAUAUUAUGAUCCGCCAGAUAGAAGUCAGGGUUCCAGCAUAUCUGGCAACGGCACAUUCAGAGGAACUCUUGGACUAAUUUGGAAACGUAAAGCAGACUUCUUCGUUGGUGACGUGACCAUGACUUGGGAGCGUUUGCAAGCAGUAGAAUUCUCAUUCUUAACGUUAGCAGAUUCUGGUGCUUUCUUAACUCACGCUCCAGCUAAACUAAGUGAAACGCUGGCCAUCAUAAGACCAUUCCAGUGGGAGGUCUGGCCGCUGGUCUGUGCAACAGUUCUGGUGACUGGACCUGCUCUGUGGGUAGUGAUCGCAGCGCCAUCUUUGUGGCAGAGGCGACACUAUAACCAAUGGGGACUUCUCAAUAACUGUUGCUGGUUCACGACUACUCUAUUCUUGAGACAGUCAUCUAGCAAAGAACCUUCUAAAACCCACAAAGCUAGAUUAGUAUCAGUUUUGGUAUCUCUCGGAGCUACCUACGUUAUUGGUGAUAUGUAUUCGGCAAAUCUAACAAGUCUCUUAGCACGGCCAGCUCGGGAGCAACCAAUUGGAACACUACAGGCUUUAGAAGAGGCAAUGAGGAACCGUGACUAUGAACUUGUCGUCGAAAGACAUAGUUCUUCAUUAACCAUUUUGGAGAAUGGGACAGGUGUAUACGGUCGUCUCGCUAAAUUAAUGAGGCGACAACGUAUCCAGCGUGUCCGUAGUGUAGAAGUGGGUGUGAGGAUGGUACUCACACGCAAACAUGUAGCCAUCUUGGGAGGAAGAGAGACUCUCUAUUAUGAUACUGAAAGAUUUGGUUCCCACAAUUUUCACUUAAGUGAAAAACUGUACACACGGUAUUCUGCUAUAGCUCUACAAACUGGGUGCCCUUACCUUGAAACCUUCAAUAAUGUAGUGAUGACUCUAUUCGAAGCUGGCAUCCUUGCUAAAAUGACUACCGACGAAUACAAAAACCUACCAGAAAGAUCAAGAAGAUCGGAGCCUGUGACAGAGACUGAUAAAGAAAGUAGUGACCUCACGGGAGAAUCUAUAGCUACAUCUCAGACGCAGGGGGAAUCAACUAAAGGUUUGGAGCCCGUGUCUUUGACAAUGUUACGAGGAGCCUUCUGCCUUUUGGGUAUCGGAUAUCUUGUGGCAGCUCUAGCUUUGGGAAUAGAAAUACAAAUACACAGACGGAUCAAGAAUCGAGUGACUAUAUCUGUACGUACAGAGACAAGAAGGGUGCCAAAAUGUGUUCUAUUAAGGAAGAUUAUAAAGAGCCUCAAAGAUGUCUUGACAAGAUUCAUCAGAGCAAUAUUCAAUUAUAUAGACAGGGCUUUAGGCCCAGGAAUAUAA